AUGGAAAGAGCUAAUGACAGCACACUUUCAGGAUUCAUUCUCCUGGGCUUCUCCAACAGGCCUCAGCUGGAAACAGCUCUCUUUACGGUCAUCCUAAUCAUCUACUUUCUGAGCCUUCUAGGCAAUGGCACCAUUAUACUGCUGUCGAUUGUGGAUUCUCGCCUCCACACGCCUAUGUAUUUCUUCCUUUCCAAUCUCUCUUUUAUGGAUCUUUGUCUGACUACUUGCACAGUCCCUCAGACACUGGUCAACUUCAAGGGGAAGGACAAGACCAUCACCUAUGGUGGUUGUGUGACCCAGCUCUUCAUUGCCUUGGGACUUGGGGGAGUGGAGUGUGUCCUUCUGUCAGUCAUGGCCUAUGACCGCUAUGCAGCCGUCUGCCGCCCACUCCACUACAUGGUGAUCAUGCAUCCCCGACUUUGUUUGCAGCUGGUUGUAAGUGCUUGGCUUACAGGGUUUAGCAAUUCUGUGCUACAGACGGCAUUGACCAUGACUCUUCCCCUUUGUGGCAAAAACCAAGUGGACCAUUUCUUCUGUGAAGUUCCAGUGAUGCUGAAACUGGCCUGCACCAACACCUCCAUCAACGAGGCUGAACUCUUUGCCGUCAGUGUCUUCUUCUUGGUGGUGCCCCUCUCACUCAUCUUAGUGUCCUAUGGUUACAUUACUCGUGCAGUCCUGAAGAUAAAUUCGGCCCAGGGGAGGCGGAAAGCUUUUGGAACCUGCGGUUCUCACCUGCUGGUAGUGAUCAUUUUCUUUGGUACACUCAUCUCCAUGUAUCUCCAGCCUCCCUCCAGUUAUUCGCAGGACGUGAACAAAAGCAUCGCACUCUUCUAUACUCUGGUGACUCCCCUGCUGAAUCCCCUGAUUUACACUCUGAGGAACAAGGAAGUCAAAGGGGCACUAAGGAGACUCUUCAACAAAUCCUCAUAA